UACAAAUUGUGCUUGAUUUUACUUUGAUCCCUUGUCCACUUGUAUAGAGAAAAACAAAUUUUGUUUUGCCGUGUUACACAUGAGUUCAACUCAAGUGAUAUAAACUACUGCCUCUCCUAGUUUCCAUCAUCUCAUCAAAGUCUAUGCUGAGCUCGCUAAAGACAAGUCCGAAAGUUUUGACUGGGCUCAAUCCAGGAUAUUGCCGAGAUCCAAGCAUUUCCAGUGGUGGGACAAAGUGCUUUAAACGUGCACGAGCUCCCUCAUACAUUUUGUCUGCACGGGAGACGCCCGGCCACCUGCAACAGCAGUCUUUGCAGCAUGAUAAGUAAACAGCUGGACUUGUAGCUGGAGUUUCGAGAGCUUUCCUGGCGAGUGACUGCAGCACCCGAAGAUCUCUUGUUAGCAGCCUCGCAGGAUGUGUUGCUUCCUAUUCUGCCUAUUCUUCCAUCUUUCCGGAUUCUUAGCCAACCGGCUCCAAGUCUUACUAAAUUUACACUAUGAAGUGCAAAGCCGGGGGAUUUCGACAGCUCUUCCGCAGCCAGCCGUCCGUCGAUGGAGAUCUUAAUAUGAUACGUUGGCCGCGCUAUGGUAGGGGCUGGCAAAGGAGGGGGAAAGUCAGGUGGUUGGACCCUCAAGUAUGGCUAUAAAUACGGGCGACAGCCCACUUGGACUUUGCUUUCCAUUUCUCUUUCUUUUGCAUUCGCGGACUGUGAGACACACUAUCACAAUUCGGCCAUGGCAAUCACACGAAGCAAACAGCACGAAAAUGGAAGGCGCCUACGUUCAGGGAAGGUUGCUGUUGGCAAACCUCAUCAUGCCUCUAUUCCCAAUCGCACGCGCAAGCCUCACCAGUUCCCCACUUCACCCAACUGCUCACCUGCAGCAAAACAAGUCCGCUCUAUGUUUUCAAGUCGUGCAAAAUCUACUUCUAAAGAAAAUCCAAGUCUAAAUGGUGAACCCACACCCACUGCGGAGGAAACCUGCAAAUUUCUGUCAAAAACCCAGCUGAAAUCUAGUGCUGGGAUGUUAACAAAUCUUGAAAAUCAGCGCACUGUAUCUGGGGAUAAGUUUUCUUGCCUCAGGGGAGGCUGUGGGCGAAUCUCAGUUGGUGACAUCGCACCUGUUGCAGAAGAAACCCCACUCUGUAGGGGAGCUCUCUCUUAUGAACCACAAGCCGACAAAGUCCUGGCUGGCCAGAUACUCCUUGAUGAUGGACAAAUUGAGGAUAUAGAUUACAACAUCAACGCACGCUGGAUGAACAACUUGUGGACAGCAGAUCUUCCACCCAUUAAGGAACGGUUCUGCUCACAGCACAAAGAGUAUGAGUAUCUGUGCUCUAUUUCAGAGAAUUGUUGGGUGCACCCUAUGCAGUUUGAUGACCCUGAGGAAGCAGAGUCAACACUUGAUAAAAUGUUGGGCAAAGCAAGUGAUUCAUCCUCAGUUAAUGACUGUUCUGACAGCCUUUUAAAGCAUGUCAGUUCGGUGUUCCGGAAAGGCUCCAAUGAAUUUGGACCCUGGUAUUUUGUUGGGGUUGGGAAAUACUGGUUUAAACAAAGUUCUUUCGAUAAUCCACAGAGAUUAUAUUGCUAA